CUUUUAUUUCUUCACCUCUCUUCUUUUAUAUUCACAUGUUGCUUUCACAUUUUUUCAUGUGUAUCUCGAUCCAAACCCUUACUCAAUUAUAGCAAUCAAAGAUAUGGCAUUACACUUUCAAAUGAUUCUACCUAUCUCAUUGGUUCUUGCCAUCAUUUUAUCAGGUGAUAGAACUUGUGAGUCAGCAAGAGUAUUCACUAUAGUAAACUAUUGCAAGGAAACUCUUUGGCCAGCUGUAAUACCCGGAGAAAAUUUCAACGGCGGAGGAUUCGUCCUUAAACAAGGACAAUCCUCCGUUUUCAACGCUCCAGUCAGUUGGAGCGGUCGAAUUUGGGCUCGAACAGGCUGCAACUUCGACCAAAACGGAGACGGACAAUGCCAAACCGGUGCAUGUGGCACCACUUUAAAAUGUGGAGGCGCGGGAAAAACCCCGGCGUCACUAGCUGAAUUCACCAUUGCUAACCCUGACUUCUACGAUGUUAGUCUCGUCGACGGCUUCAACGUGCCGAUUUCCGUUAAGCCGAUAAACGGAAAAGGAAACUGCUCAACUGCCGGAUGCGAUUCUGAUCUUAGGUCAACUUGUCCCAAAGAACUUUCCGUUAAGUCGAACGGAAAGACCGUUGGGUGCCGAAGCGCUUGCGAUGUGUUUGAUACAGAUGAGUAUUGUUGUAGAGGGAAUUUCGGAAACCCUUCGACUUGUAAACCGACGUUUUAUUCGAAGAAAUUUAAGGAGGCUUGUCCAACAUCUUAUAGUUAUGCUUAUGAUGAUCCAACAAGUAUUUUCACAUGCACUGGAACAGAUUAUAUCAUUGCUUUCUGUGCUGACAGGAAGAAACAGAUGUGCACUUAUCAUGAUCAUGAUAUUCAUUGUAGUGGAUCACAAGGCUUGAAGCUGUUGAUUGGAAGCUGGUGGAUGGGAGUGUUCAUAAUGGUGUUUUCAGUUGUUGGAUUCUAGAGCCUUAAAAAACUAUGAAUCUUGUUGAGUUGAAAUUGAGUGAAUUUCAUGAGUUUGUAUAAAUGGAAACUCUUUUCAUUUUUUGGUAAUAAAUGGAAACUGUUUUCCUUUCA